AAAAUUGUGGCAAAAGUUUUACUCGAAUCUAAAUGAACACAAACGCAUACAUACGGGAGAAAAGCCUUUUAUAUGCGAAUGGGCUUUUACGCAAUUAUCUAAUUAUUAUUCACACAAACGUAUUGUACAUUUGCAUGAAAAGCCAUUCACAUGUGAUGUGGAAGAUUGUGGCAAAAAGUUUUCACAGAAACCACAUCUAAUUGCACACAAACGCCUUCAUUUGGGUGUCAAGCCUUUUGUGUGUGAUUUCGAUGAUUGUGACAAACAUUUUAGAGUAAGACAUGAAUUAAAUCGACAUAAAAAUGCUGUUCACUUAAAUAUAUUGAAAUAUAAAUGUAACUAUAAUAAUUGUGACAAGAAAUAUGCACAUCAUGUAAGCCUGGUUCGCCAUAAAAGCACACAUUUUGCCAAAUA